UGGUUUAACUGGAUUGUGUUUACAAAAAUUGGUCCCACAUCAUCAACAGCUGAUGAAGAGCUGAUUAUUAGGAUUUUUAUACAUCUAGACUUUACUAGAUCUAACUUCUACACGAUUAAGAUGUUUAAGUUCUUUGCUUUUUUAUUUAUAGUUAAUUUUUCAACACUAUCCGUUCAUGCAAAAUAUAAAUUGAAAGAAGUAAAUGUGGUAUCCAAUGGUAAGCCUGUCAGGAUAUUCACAGCUGCCGAGUUAAAGAGUUACGAUGGUUCGAAUGAAAAAGAGCCAAUAUAUAUGGGUAUCAAAGGAGUUGUAUUUGAUGUCACUGAAGGAAAAAGAUUUUAUGGUAAGGAUGCCUCCUACAAUGCAUUAGUUGGGAUAGACAGCACACGAGCUGUGGCCAAAAUGUCUUUAGAACCUGAGGAUUUAACUAGUGAUGUCACUGGCCUAGAAGAUACUCAUCUCAAAGCCUUGGAUGACACAUUUGAAGGUACUUACAUGGCCAAAUACCCAGUUGUUGGUUACAUGGACUAUCUAGUAGAGAAAUACCCAGAGAAAUUUGCCAACUUAGAAACUGUCACAAAAGUUGAAUUAUAGUUUGAUUUUUUAAAUUUUAAUGUAAAUUUAAAUAAUUUUGUUUUUGUAGGUUUUUAUUUUUAUUGUCUUUUAUUUUUGGCACAGUUAAUACCUUUAUUUUUAUUUUAUUUUAUUAUUUUUUUUUUUAGUUUUUCACUUUAAAAAAAAUAAUUCUCGUUUAUUCAAGUUGUUUUAUGUAAUCAGAUGUUUUUAUCAUUGUAAAAUUUAAUCUCAAAAUUUUUUUUGUUACCUGUGUUAUAUGACAUAUCAAAUAAUUGAUGUUCAGAACUUAUUUUAUAAUUGAAACACAUGACAUGUAGCUGCUGUGCAGCACUGCUUCAUUAAAACACCUCUUGCUUUCUAUCUGCCAUUGGAUACCGUAUGAAGUUAUCCGCUGAGAUUUCAUAACAAGGAGAGCCUUGUACUACAAAUUCUCAUCAAAUUAAUGAAUGUGAAAUGAAAAAAAAAUUGUCGGUUUUUGUGAUUCAUGAGCUAACUUCCCUUGUUUGGAGGUUAGGAAUAUUAGACAUUGUCAUGUUUCAAUAGUUAUGAGUAAUUGUGUCACCUCUUGAGAGCUUAAUAAUUGUGUUUUUCAAAGAUGGCAUAAUGUUCCGUGUGAAGCAUCCAAAUCUACAUCGACUAUUAAAACCUACAUUUGCUCAGAAGGCAUCAAAAGUUGCAUCAGUCAAGAAAUGUACUACCCAAACUCCUGCUGUCUUGUAAAAUGUUUGACAUGUUUCGGAUGUUCCUUCAGAGUUGAAGAAGAUAAUUUACUUCCCAGUCCAAACCUCCCGCAGGACGACGGGGACAGGAGUGGGCAGGGUUUGAACCUUGGACCAUCUAUAAAUCCAAACAACAGUCCGCACGACCAGGCAGCCAGCCAUGUUUGGUGGUGAGAAACUCUUUACAGAAUUACGGUGAUGAAUAAACAAUGGUAUCACUUUUUAUUUAUUUCUAAAUAGCAGAAUUUUUAAUAGAAAUGUUAGUUUUACAAAUAAAAUACAAUCAGACCCAGUACAAAAACAAUUUGUGGUAUCAAACAUUCAAGUGUUUUGUUGCUAGGCAACGUUAGUUUCUUAUCAUAAAUAAUAUAAAAUAAGAGGCUGGAUUAUAUAGCAUUAUUGGUUCAAAUGCCAAUCAUUCAAACAUGUUGUCUCAGUGAUGUUCCACUACUUUUAUGUACAUUUUGUUUUCAUACAUCUGACAUUUGUAUGUCAUGUGUUGGUUUACUAUGUCAUUAUAUUUUUUUUUUUUUUUUUGAGGCUUUUUUUUUUUGUAUUUUAAGUUUUUUUCUUGGUGUUGGGUUGUUUAUUUUUUAAAUAUCGUUCAUUUUUAAGUUUUUGUUUUUGCUACAUUUUCUUAUUGAUGUACUCCUUUGUUAGCCACUUUAAAAAAGUUUCAUCUCUGUGGCUUUUAUCUAUAUAAUUAUAGAACUAGUGUGUAGAAAUUUACAGAAAAAUAUAAUGCAGCUAAACCUUAAUUACCAAGGCUUAAUAAUUAGUCACAUUAGUACAACUCUUGUAAUCCAGAAGAAUACUGAUACAAACAAAUUUAUUCUUACAAAUUAUUCAAUGGGUUUGUCUGUGUCUUGAGGUAUUCCAUUUUUAAGCUGGGACAUGCAAGGAACUGAUUUUUUUUUUAAUGCUACUUGAGCUAAGGAUGUCUGGUUGAGUGUCAUAAAGUGCUUGGCUGUUUUACCGUAGAGGCUCGAAAUCCCCAGUGUAGACUAGGAAUUUUUAAAAUUUGAGAUUGGGUUCAAGCUGAAUUGUUUUCACUGAGUGACAUAGAGCAAAACAGAAAUCUUCACUUUUGAAAAGCAACUAAAUGUGAGCAGUCACGUCUGACUUUAUGUACUGAUUGUGGUGUACACAUUUGUUGUUAUACAAAAACAAAAUUAAAAUGUCAUAAAUAUGUACACAUUGCAAGCAGAUAAUAUUUAAUUAUAAUAAAAUAAUAUUCUUUUGUUGUUAUUUCUAAUACAGCCUUUAUCUUGUUAAGUAACUUUUUUUAUUUAGUAAUGUGCCUUUAUAAUAUGCUACACUAAAUUAUAAAAUUACAUCAUAAUUGUGGUAGCAAUAAUUUGCAUUUUGAUAAUUUUUUAUUAUUUUUCAUUUAUACUAAUGUGUUCAUGUAUCGUUUUAAAGGUUUGUUUCAUUAAAUAAUUAAAUUGUACAACUGUAUUCAUUGAAAGGAAAGUUUGUUCCCUGUCUUUGCGUAAUGUUAUUAAAUCAGUUGUAUCUCAUAAUAAAUCAAACAACUCCAGACUUUUUAAGCUUUUGGUUUAAAUCAUAAAAGAUGGUUGAUAGUUAAAUAUAACUUACGAUUGUUUUGUGAGUGAAGUGUUUCGUGAGUGAGUUGUUUCCUAUUUACUUGAAUUAAGUAUAUUCCAUCAAUUCAUUUGAAAUUUAUUUGAAUCAAAAGUAAUGUCACAGUGUUUUUUGUGGAUUUGGUUAAUGUUUCCAUCUUCCAUGGUCACAGCAGCUUUGAAUACUCCAACAUUGCAUUAAACUAGUUUCUUUAUUUUCUUACAAGA